AUGCAGAUCCGUAGGUAUAAACCUCUAGCCUCUGCAAUCGGACUGGUCCUUGGACUGUUAUGUGCGGUGGAGGCAGCCAAAGUUAAUAAGCAUAAGCCAUGGAUUGAGACCACAUAUCAUGGCAUUGUGACGGAGAAUGAUGACAAAGUCCUGUUGGACCCUCCGCUCAUCGCCUUGGACAAAGAUGCCCCGCUCCGUUAUGCCGAAAGUUUUGAGGUGACCCUCACCAAAGAAGGGGAGAUCUGCGGAUUCAGGAUCCACGGGCAGAACGUCCCGUUUGAGGCCGUGGUUCUGGAUAAGUCCACGGGAGAGGGCGUGAUCCGGGCCAAAGAGAAGUUGGACUGUGAGCUGCAGAAGGAACACACAUUCACCAUCCAGGCCUACGACUGUGGAGAAGGACCCGACGGAGCCAACAUGAAGAAAUCUCACAAGGCCACUGUCCACAUCCAAGUGAAUGACAUGAACGAGUACUCACCGGUGUUCAAGGAGAAGUCCUACAAAGCCACUGUCAUCGAGGGCAAGAAAUACGACAGCAUCCUGAAGGUGGAGGCUGUGGAUGCUGACUGCUCCUUCCAGUUCAGUCAGAUCUGCAGCUACGAGAUCGUCACCCCUGAUGUGCCCUUCACCAUCGACAAGGACGGCAACAUCAAGAACACCGAGAAGCUGAACUACAGUAAGGAGCGCAUGUACAAACUCACAGUGACGGCCUAUGACUGUGGGAAGAACCGUGCCUCUGAGGACGUCCUUGUUAAAAUCAACAUCAAACCCACCUGCAAACCAAGCUGGCAAGGCUUUAAUAAAAGAAUAGAAUAUGAGCCAGGAACAGGGAGUCUGGCCUUGUUUCCUAGCAUGCGUCUGGAGACCUGUGAGGAGCCAAUCACCUCCAUCCAGGCCAGCAUCGAGCUGGAGACCAAUCAUAUCGGAAAAGGCUGCGACAGAGACACGUACUCUGAGAAGUCUCUGCACAAACUGUGCGGUGCUAGCACUGGUACGGUGGAGCUUCUCCCAGCGCCCAGCAACACGGCCAACUGGACCGUCGGCCUACCCACCGACAACGGCCACGACAGCGACCAGGUGUUUGAGUUCAAUGGAACACAGGCCAUCAAGGUUCCAGAGGGGGUGGUGAGCACCAACCUGAGGGAGCCCUUCACCAUCUCAGUGUGGAUGAGGCACGGCCCCGGGGGCAGGGAGAAAGAGACCAUCCUCUGCAACUCGGACAAGACAGAGAUGAACAGACACCAUUAUUCCCUGUAUGUGCACAACUGUCGCCUGGUGUUACUGCUGCGUCAGGACUCAACAGAGUCCGACAGCUACAAACCCGCUGAGUUCCACUGGAAACUCGAUCAAGUGUGCGAUAAAGAGUGGCAUCACUAUGUGCUGAACAUUGAGUUCCCGGCCGUCGCUCUGUUCGUGGACGGCGCCAGCUUUGAACCCUUCCUGGUUACCGAGGACUACCCCCUACACGCCUCUAAGAUUGAAACUCAGCUUACCAUUGGUGCCUGCUGGCAAGAGCUUUCAGGACAUGAAAAUGACACUGAGCCAGUCUCAGAGCCUGUAACAGGUGGCAACGCUCGCAUGGCGCAGUACUUCAAAGGCAAUCUGGCCGGCCUGAUGAUCCGAGCCGGAAAGCUGGAGAACAAGAAGGUGAUCGACUGUCUGUAUACCUGCAAGGAGGGUCUGGACGUGCAGCUGCCUGAGGAGGUGGCGUCAGCCGUGAAGGUGGAGUUUAACCCAAACCAGUCGUCUCUCAGUCUGGAGGGAGAUGACUUUGAGAGCUUUGAGAAGGUCAUGCAGCAUAUUUCCUACCUGAACUCAAGACAGUUCCCCACACCAGGAAUCCGCCAUCUCCGUGUAACCACCUCUGUCAAGUGCUUUAAUGAGGAGACGUGCAUCACCGUGCCCGAUGCUGAGGGCUACGUCAUGGUACUGCAGCCAGAGGAACCCAGGAUCAGUCUGAGCGGCAUCGACCACUUCGCCCGCGGUGCUGCUGAGUUCGAGAGCACCGAGGGCGUCACCCUGUUCCCCGAACUUCGCAUCGUCAGCACCAUCACCCGGGAGGUGGAGGCCGAGGCUGAACCAGAGGGCGAGGAUGACCCCACAGUGCAAGAGACGGUGGUAUCUGAGGAGAUCAUGCAUAACUUAGACACGUGUGAGGUGACGGUGAUUGGCGAUGACCUGGACGGAGAACAUGAGAGUCUGGAGGUGGAUCUAGCUCAGAUUCAGCAGAGAGGUCUGGAGAUGAGCUCCUCCAACGUGGGCCUCAUCAUCACCGGUGUAAACACCAUGGCCAACUACGAACAGGUUCUGCACCUGAUCCGCUAUAGGAACUGGCACACCGAAGCUCUGUUUGACAGAAAAUUCAAACUGGUCUGCUCCGAACUGAACGGGCGCUACGUCAGCAACGACUUCAAAGUCGAGGUCAAUGUGAUCCACACAGCCAACCCAAUGGGCCAUGCCAACAACGCCAUGGUCCAGCCACAGUUCAUUAACCCGGUACAGCACGCCUCUGUGGACCUGUCUGGACACAAUCUGGUCAACGCUCAUCAGGCCUCAGUUGUUCCCAGUGCUGCUACCAUUGUCAUAGUGGUAUGUGUGAGCUUCUUAGUCUUCAUGAUUAUCCUGGGUGUGUUUCGUAUCCGUGCCGCCCACCAGCGCACCAUGAGAGACCAGGAGAAUGGCAAAGAGAACGAGAUGGACUGGGACGACUCUGCCCUCACCAUCACAGUCAACCCUAUGGAGACCUAUGAGGACCAGCACAGCAGCGAGGAGGAGGAAGAAGAGGAGGAGGAGAGUGAGGACGGAGAAGAGGAGGAUGACAUCACCAGCGCCGAGUCAGAGAGCAGUGAGGAUGAGGAAGGUGGAGAACCAGAGGACCAGCAGGGGGCCAGCAGACAGCAGCAGCUGGAAUGGGAUGACUCUACUCUCACAUACUGA